GCUGAUGUCAUUUCUCGAUUGACAUUGACAGAUAUUUAAAAUUAAAACCCUGUUUGGUUUUCCCGGAAAAUUGUGAAAAUCUGUUACGAAAUUGUACGCAAUUGAAGUGCUAAGGGCGCGAAAACAAUUUGGAUAUAAAGAAAUGUAGUGCGGAGGCCAAGAUGGGCGGUGUUAAGACGCGAGACAAGACUAGACAGCCUUUAAGCGAGAAAACAAACAUAUUGAGCAUGUCUGGCACAAACAAAAGCUUGGAUUUUAAAGUCGUUUUAACAGAUGUGUUGAAACCGCAACGACAAGUUGAUGCUCGCAAAAAGACGUUAAAGAGGGAUAAAUCGAAAACGAAAAAUUCGAAAUUGAUUAGAAGAAAAGAUACAGGAGAAAAUACUGGUGAAUCUAGGUGCCAAACUAAAGAUAUAAAAGUUGUAUUGGAGGAUGUUUUAGAAGGUGAAAAACUUCUUGAAUCUCGAAAACAACCAGGAAAGUCUCGACCUAAUAAGGUUACCCAGAAAAAGGCUAAUGUUUUGAAAGUGUUACUUGAGCCUCUACAAAAUAACCAAGUUAUCGAGCCUCACAAAAGAAAUAAUGGUCAAACAAAAUUAAACACUGACGAUAAAGGAAAUAAGGAGAAUAUUAGUGAUUUAAACGUAGUUUUACAUGAUGUGUUAACAAAUACUAAAUUAGUUGAAUCUCAGAAAAGAAAGUUGCAAAAGGGGCCAAAAGUUGUAGAGAAUAUUAAAACUAGUGAUCUAAGAAGUAUAAUAUGUGAUAAUUUACGUACUAAAAAUUCAGAAUCUCAUCCUAAUAAUGAUCUGGAUAGUAUUGAAGCUGAGCUAACUAAUUUACCAGAAAAUAAGACGAUUCAUGAUAAUGAUGAAGUUUUACAGAACAAUAUUGUAGCUAAAAAUACUACAGUCAAUGGGAAUGUUAGAUUUAAAACAUUGAAUGUAGUUCUUGAUCCUGAAUUUUGUAAAAAAAGUACCAAUAAAACUUCUAAUUUGAAAGAAAUUAAAAGCAAUUGCAGUAAUAUGAAUGGUUUUAUAAAACCAUGUGUAAAUAAUUUAAAGAAACCUCAAAAAGAGAAGGUUAUUAAAGAAUUGACUGUAAGUAUUCCUAAAUUAAAUGGUGUAAGAAAUAAUACUAAUACAAUCAUUACUGAGGACAAUCCCGAAGUUUGUAAAAAUGGUUUUAUAAAACCUUGUGUUAACAAUUUAAAAAAACAUCAAGAAGAGAAAGAUAUGAAGGCUAUUAAAGAAUCGUCCAUGAAUAUUCCUAAAUUAAACGGUGUAAAAAAUAAUAUAAAAACAGUCACUACUGAAGACAACAGUAGACAGCUACGUAAAAAGGAACCAAAAUAUUAUUUAGAAGAGUCCGAUUUUGAUGAUUCCAAACUUAACACUAUUCCAGAUAAACCAAAAACCCCAAAAAGUAACAAUGUACCAAUUUAUCGUAUUCAAGUGCCAGAAGAACCCCAGAAGAAUAAAAAUAAAGAGGACCUCUAUGAAUUUAACGAUUUUAGUCCGAAACUAAAACAUCCUGUUAAAUGUAUGAAAGUUGGAAGGAAAUCUUCAAUACUUUUUGACAAGGACAUGCAUAGUAUUUUACAGAAAAUUGAAGCACAGGAGUUGAAAAUUCAAAAGAAAGCCUUGAAGAAGAAAUGUCAAAUUCGCCCGAAAAAAUAUGAGAGUAAAAUGAAUGGCAUUAUGGAGAGUCUUAGGCAGAAAAUUAAAAAUAAAAAUAAAACUCCUGAUAAAAACGAGAAUAAUAUUAAUAAUAUUGAUCCAGUAAGUAACAUUCCAACAGAAAAAUGUAAUGGAGUUAUUAAUAAUAAUAAGAUUAUUCGUAUCAAUAAUUUUGAUGACGAUAUCAAUGUUAUAGUGCAUUGUAGUUCAACUGAGGUAACAAAAGAAACUGCAUUAAGUAAUCCUCCUAGUUCUGAGAACAUUACUAUGCGAAAUAAGCCACCCUUACCUCACUCAAAGCCAGUAAAUUUUGAUGAAAUAUCUGUCUGUGAUAACUCUAAUAAUUUUGACCAGUAUCCUUUACAUGUUACCCAUGAUGACCAUGAAAAAGUUGAAUCUUGUUCUGUAUUUGAGGAACCCCCUGUAGAAUCUCACUUUAACCAGUAUUCUUUACCUGUUACCCGCGCCAACCAUGAAGAAAUUGACUCUUGCUUUGGUUUUAAUGAGCCCCCAAAUGUUGAAAUACCCAAGAAAAUUAAAAUUAUCAAUAAUGUGGUAUUGCAAAAGGAAAAAACAGUUGAUUCGCCUCAAAAAUUUGAUUCUAGAAGACCCAAUGCCAAUAGUACAAUGAGGAGUCCUUGGAGAGUGAAUGGUAUAUCGACAAACCCCCACUUUUUGAGUGUGAAGAACAAUGCUUUACCUAGAAUAGACCAAGAAAUGGUUUUGGAUCAUACUUUGGCAGAAAAAUUUCAAGAACCGUAUUCAAGUACACCGGUAAAAAAUAAUACAAAACCUCCAAGAAAAGAGCCAGUACAACAAAGCAUUUUGGACUUUAUAGAGAGUAACAUAGAAAAAGAAAACAGAGUUUUUGAGAGGAGUUUGUUUGACUGCGAGGAAUUUAACAGUCCUGUUAAAAAAAAUCGUAGGGCAGCUAGGUUGGAAGCUAUUAAAUUGUGUCUUACUUUGGAUGAAGUGGAUAUUGUAUCUAGCACUCCAGUAAAGAGGAAAGUUUUGGGUGACAUCACAAACUCUUCCGAGGAAAGAAUUGAGAUGGUCACUUUAAGUGACACUUAUUUUGGGUUUGACGAUUCUUCAAAUGUGAUUUCUCCAAGAAAAAAUGGUUUAAAUAACAAAAAUAAUCUGGUAUCCAAGCCCACGCGUUUCGAUCAGAGCCUUUUGAAAACCUACACGUCAAAAAGUAAGAAAAAUAAGGUUAUGUCUGCGCAAGAUACCGAGGUAAUUGAACCGGAACAAAGUAUUUCGAUAUUUGAGGACUCAGAGGACCAAAAUAUGGAGGAAAUACAUAUUUUUGAGGAGCCUGAGGAUGUCCUAGAUCAGCCGAGUCCGAUUCUGCUUAAAGAACGCAAACGAAGAAGAAAGAGAUUGGAUUCCACAGGUUCUGAGGCUAGUGAUGACGAAAAAAGACGAAAGAAACAUAAAAAAACAAAAUUGGAGAUUGAACAAGAGAAAUGGAUAGCAGAGUUCAACAAAGAAUGCGAUGAAAUUGAUCAUCACGAACUUACUUUGGAAUAGUUUUUUAUAUAAUAUAUUUAUAUGCCAUAAAAGUUUUUUCAGGUAUUUUAUGUUUAUUCAUUUUUUGUAUUUUACUUAUAUGUGAUUCCGAGAGCUAUUUUUUUAUUUUGAAAGUACAAUUCCAGUGCCUUGAGUAUUUUUGAUGGCCAUAUUUUUUAUGUACAGACCUAAUGUUUAUAAAAAUAUAUUUAUUCUUAUUUUUGCCAAUA